AUGUGCGGUAACGAUUGGAAGGAUGCCAAAAAUAGCACUCAUAGAUAUGAACUGCGCUCCGUUCGGGGUGUCAAAUCCUCAAAAGCGACGUUGGCUGAAGACAACCCGGAGGAAGCAGAUCCAGAAGGAAGACACAUAGGUCGUACUACAACAGCCGCAGUCUUUGCAGGAUUUCCGAUGUUAUCUGACGAAGCUAAAGCGAAGUUAAGGGCGAAAUUUAUCAAAGACCCAGAUUGUCCACAAGAACUAUGUUUGUUCGUCUCAGAUUCCGAAGCUAAGAACAAGACCCUAAGUAUUAUUCCUAACCUCGACAUCGAUUCAGAUACAGGAGGCAUGGGAGAUGGUUCCAAAUUAGACAUCCCUCUGAUGACGACUUUCGCAGAUGAGGACGGCAAUGUAGAAAGUUUGGAUCCAAUCGUUAAAGUUUCAGGUGGUGGAAGAAGUAAGGAAGAUUCCAUGGAAAAUAGCGAUUAA